UGUGAGUUACUUAGUGGUACAAGGAACGAAUUGAAAUAAAAAUAGUGUUGAAAUACAUUUAGUUGUAAAGGAUAUCGUGUACAUAAAAACGAGGCGUGGAGAUCACAUUAAUAUGAUGAUAUCAUAUUUAUCGCGAACCUGAUGAUACAGAAAACACCAACAAUUGCUAAUGCCAAACAGUAGGGGCGGAAAAAAAAAACAUUGUGUGCAUGAAAAGAUCAGUGGCAUCCUUGGCAGCCGCUGAGCAUUGGGCCAAGAAACACAAAAGUGUAGUUGAGGAACAAGAGACACUCCCAGACACUGAUUAUUCCAGUAGCAGUUCUCAAGAAGAAACAGCAAAGGAUCUGACAUUGCAGCAACCAGACAUUAUAGAAAUUUUAUCUAGUGAUGAAGAAAAGGAGCCCUUAAAGGAAACUAGAUAUAAGUUAACCUCAUCCAAAAACUUCAAGUCCCCAUUUGAACUUAUUCAAACACCAAGUUUGAGAGAAGAUGGGGUAGGUGAAAUUGGAGUAUCAUUGGAAGAAUUGAUAUCUCAUCGAGACCUAGUCUCUACAUUUCAAUUCAAUUUCAGCAUACAAGUAGAUUACUUUUUGACUCACAUUCAUCCAGAGGCUAAUCCUCAGGUCACUUUCAUCAGUGGUAACAACAUCCUUCAAGAUUAUAAUGAGCCAGUGGAUCCUAAAUAUAUCCAAAAAUAUAACCUCAAAUGUUUGUUAGCCAAGCUUGAAGAUCGAUUUGGAUCACAUCAUACCAAAAUGAUGAUAAAUUUCUUUACCGAUGGAACAAUGGAAAUAAUCAUUAUGACUGCUAAUUUAACCAUGCUUGACUUUGGAGGUUUGACACAAAUGUGUUGGAGAUCAGGAAGACUUCCAAAGGGAAAAUCAAGGAAAGAUCAAGGAAUAAUAUUUCAGAAUGAUCUUUCACUAUAUUUGAAGUGUUAUAAAAUCAGUCAAUUAUCACAAUUGGCGAAUACUUUGAAUGAAUAUGAUUUCACUUCCAUUGAUGUAGAGUUACUUGCUUCUGCUCCUGGAACUUACAACUUGAACAAGGUUUCCAAUACAAGUGAAAUCUAUGGAUAUGGUAAAUUGUAUCAACUAUUACAGCGAAAUAAGCUAUUCACCACCACAGGAGAACCACAUAGCCUUUUAUCUCAAGUUUCGUCUAUAGCAUCUCCAUUUAAAUCCUCAAAGGGGGUAUCUGCAUCUGUUUUCUCGCAUAUUCUUUGUCCAAUAGUGUUUCAUGAUCCUGAAAUUGAACCUGAAUUCCAAACAUUACCGUUGACACCAGGACUGUUUGAAAAGCAUCAGCAACAGAAUAAUUACACUCCUUAUAUCAUUUAUCCCUCCACAAGUGAUAUUUCCAAUAGUAAAAUUGGUUGGGGUGGUGGACAAGCGUGUCACUUCAAAUAUACAACCACAAAUCCCUUAAAGCAACAAUAUGUUCAGAAUAUUCGACCAUACUUAUGUAAUUGGGAAUCCAAGAUUCGAGGGGGUGCUCCACCACAUGUUAAAAUGUUACUUUGUGGAAAUAAACAUUGGAACAUGUUAAAAUGGGCACUCAUGUGUAGCCAUAAUCUUUCAAAACAAGCAUGGGGUUAUCCCUUAGCUUCAAAAAAGGGUGAACAUUUGUUUAAAAUUGCUAGUUAUGAAUUGGGGGUAUUCAUUCCUAGUAGAUCUACGAGAAAAUUGGUGCCAAAAGUCAAUAAUAAUGAAAAUUUAAAUCUAAAGGGUGAUGACAUUCCAAUUACGGUACCAUUUGAUUUACCUCCUAAUCAUUAUUCAAAAAAUGAUAAACCAUGGAGCUCAAUAGAGCCAAGUGGAGACUUGACAGAUAUUACAGGGCAGACAUGGCCAGGAUUACUAGAAUAG